AUGCCCCGAUGGGGAAGACCACCGGCGGCACGAACAGGGAGACACAACAGAGGAGGUGGAGGAGGAGGAGGAGGAGCAGGUUUUUGGGGCGAGGAUACACGAGUGGAGGAAAUCGACAGUGAAGAGGAGGAUUACUACGAGAAGGAUUAUUACGGACGGCAGCUCCGCAAUGGCCGAGCACACAUGCGACAAAUAGAGUACGGAGAAAGAGGACCACGCAGGCGAACCAUCAACAACUACGAAGAGUCAAUCGAAGGGCACGAGGCCGCAUCGGUCGACGGGGGUGAUUACGAUUUAUACGGGCAUCAAGACAGCACGGUGGCAUACGCGGUUCAGCUUGCCAUGCGGGACAAGGAGGAUCAACUGGUGGAAACUGCACUGGAGCGCAUUCGUCGCGCGCAAAUGCUGGGCAAGAAGAACGUCCGCUUAUCCCAGCCUGAGCUCGAUGCCCUAGAGCGCAAGCGUCAACAAACAGAGGACCCGAGCGGUGCCCGGCGUGUCCGACAAGCCGGUGCGUCAAUGACGAUCAAGCCGCCUUCGCGCAAAAAGAAAUCCAGGGCGCCGGAGCAAGCGAUGGCGCCUUAUCCAUCCACGCCGAUCGAACCGGGAUGGGGUCAGGGUUUCGGUCCAGCUGCUGCUCGACCCACGAGCUCGUCCUCUGUCCAUCGUCCUCGAACACCAACGACCCAGUCCUUGCGCCCGCAGUCGAAUUCGAGCUCGAAUUCCCCUCUUCGGCCUGGGUAUCCCGCUUUCACGGAACGAUUUCCACCAAACGGUCGUCCGCUGUCGAUGCCGGUGCAUCAGCAGCCGCCCACGCCACAGCCGGCUUACUCGCGGCCUCUUCCUGAUGAUCCUUCCUGGGCACCUCCUCCAUACUAUCACCCGCAGAUGAAUCCCUACGCAGCGGAACCACCCUACCAACCGCAGUUACCUAGCGAUCUUCGAGUCGGGCCCCAGAGUCGGAUGAGCUACCCAGCCGGGAUGUCGCCGAUCCAAGCGCAGUACCGCCAGUCCCCAGAUAACGCGCGUCAAUCCAUGCCGCACCCACGGGGCAGCCAGCAGGAACUGGGUUCGGAAUCGGAGAUAUCAAGUGAGGAAGCGACCGAAAGUAGUAGCAGUAGUAGUGAGGAGGAAGAUGAUGAUGAAGUUCAAUUCGUGAAAGUUGUCGAGCGCCCUAACCCGGCUGGUCUCCAGCGACGCAAAGUCUCUGGAGGCAGCAGCCGGGCUGGACAAAGUCGGCCUUCGUCUCGGAAAAGUCGGUGA